CCUACUUACGCAACGAAAUCUGACGAUAUUGUCAACUCGACUUUUCACCCACUUGAUCUACGAAGACUACGCAAAUUGGAAUUUAACGAUUUUAAAUGACUCUUUCCAGAUACCUUUGCAAAUCUGAACCAUUUGUAUCUCAACUGCUCUCAAGGCCGAGGACGAAUAUGAUGAUGAAGUAUAUCGACUGAAUUCUUUCAUAUUUUUAUGUAUUAGAUGGGCUAUGCAUGGGUCGCGGACAUCUUUGCUGUUUCUGUGGGCGAAGCUCUGGCAUAUGAGCAGUCGUGGAAACUUCUCCCGAGGCGUCAGCUUGGGACAUGCACAAUUUCAUGAGAAGAUGUUUGAUUCGUAGAGCUGUUCAUCUGCGAGGCCCAACUUCAGGACCUAGAACUCACGCUAGCGGCCUUCCAAUUCAGUUUCGCGGCAACUAUCAUGGGGAUUUGCGUCAUGGGGAAAACGCAACAUGCAAACUGAUGUCGGUGGAGACGAAGUUGCUACUCUCUGAUAGGCGCUGGUCGUGUGCCUUGGCCAUGGGAAUGUCGGUCACAAUUGCACAUUACUUUCCCAAGUUUCUGCGGAACUUCUGGACAUUGAACGCUGACCAUCGUUCUUGCUGCUCAGCGCCUGUGCACAGAUACGAUGUGUAUACGAACGAACUCACGGAGGUAAAUUUGGAUGGCUUCGAUUCUGAUGUGUCCGUGUUUCAAGACCUGAUUCGGGAAGAACUACUAUAUUCCGAGACCCAGUGCGCGCUUGCAGAUGCAGAGGCAUGUUUUGCCAAGCUGCAAUGCCGAGCCGAAGAAAUCCUCACAGAAAUCAUCCGUGCUAUUCGCCUGCCUAAACCCGAAGGUGACUGCUCAAGGCAGUCUAUUCCACUCGAUCCCUUGAAAUCCUGUCUUCUCAUUAAAUAUCUCGUCUUCCUGCGAUUCAGGAAUAGUUCCCAGUACUCUGAAAUUGUCCAUCGGAUUCUAUAUAACUCCAGAACAGACCAUAAACUGGAUGUCGCGCCGUACCGGUAUCUAUUCACCCAAGUGCAAUGUAGAACCUUCUUCCAAUCCAUUGCAAGUUUUCUUGGUUCCGACUCGAAUAUGAAGUUCACUACGUGGGAAGUCGAUGACACACCUAUCAGUCAAGACGUCAUCGAAAACGCUAUUGACAUCUAUUGUUGGGACGUUGCUGAAGGGUCGGAGAUCUUCGUUGGUGUCACAGCUGAUGAGAACGUCGAAUUUCUAUUGUCAGACGCGUGCUAUGGCACACUGGAUGAAAACUUUGGACUUGAUACGGGGGAAGAGAAUGUCGAUCUGUGCAAUUUCUUCUUCCCUAUCCUCCCCACUGUUGCUGUGUACAUCCUCGGUACAAUCACCAGAUCCUCGCAUUUGCGUCCCGCCCAAAUUGUUCUUGACCGCGAGUCCGAGAUAGACGUUCACCUUCGGAAUGCUAUGAUCCUCUCCGCUGCACCACGUACGAACCAAUCUUCACCAAAGUUAUACUUUUCUUCCCUCUCCUCCAUCACGCGCUCGAUCUCGUCGUACGACGAAUUUCGAUGCAGAUGGAUUCCUGAACUCUUUGCGGACUACAGUCGGCUGAAGCAGCGAUGUCGGCAAAAGUUUCUGCAAGAGACUGUUACAAAAAUGCUCGUCGUCAAGGGCGAUGUCGCUGUCAUUGACCUGACAGACGAUGUGACGAUGAUAGGCAAAGAUGCGGAUCGAGUGGAGAAGAAGGAAAGGGCCGUGGCGGUCAAGUUUUUACGGCGGGUGAUGGUACAGAAUGUGAAGGAGAAACUGUACAAGAGGCUGCAAGCAGAAGUGCUGACUUGGCAUCAUCUAUGCCAUAGGAACGUGUCGCAGUUGUAUGGGAUCGUGCAGACCGAGAUGAGUGUGGGAAUGGUUUCGGCGUGGUGCGAGCACGGGACUAUCAAGCAUUAUCUGAAGAGCGUCAAUCCAAAGGCCAAUCGGAUGAAAUUGAUGAUUCAAGUCGCAUCCGGCGUAGCCUAUCUUCAUGACUUCAAGCCCCCCAUUGUUCAUGGUGACCUGAAAGGGGGAAAUAUCUUGAUUGAUUAUCAAGGCUAUGCCAUUAUCACGGAUUUCGGUCUGAGCAAGGUCAUGUCAGACUUCUCAACUUCCGAUGGGAUAUUGUGUUCUUCGUUCUUCGCAGGGACAAUGCGAUGGAUGGCACCGGAGAUGAUUCUGGCCCUUGUCGACGACGAGUCAGAGGCAAAGGUGCCACGGGUGACCACUGCGAGUGAUGUUUAUGCUUUCGGCUCGGUCUGUCUAGAGAUUAUGACUGGUGCUCUGCCCUACCCAUGUCGGAAGCAUGACCCUGGAGUAAUGAUUGAUAUAAUGAGAGGGAUCAAGCCGUCCAGGGGCGCGCCAACUGCCAGAUUCCGAGGCGUUUAGUAUGCUGUUGGAUGCUUGUUGGAGACAAGAAGCUGCGUUGAGGCCUAAGAUGGGUGAGGUGUUGAAAUGCCUCAUAAGGAUGGAUGAUCAUGCAGGAAAUGGUUCGUGAUUUGACUAGUAUGCCUAGUUUUUUAUUCUUUCCGAAGAGGCUGCGUGUUUAACUGUCGUUCGAUACUUCGAAGUAGCCAUUUCCCUUGAACUUGCUCCUUAUGUAUAUCCGUAGAGAAAAUUGUUCGAUUCGCCUAUGUCAUCGUUUCGUUAUGAAAUCCUUGUCAGUUUCAACUUCCCUCCACGAAUAAUUCAUAAGUCUUUCAUAUGAUAAAUAACAGAGUAUUUUCAUCGCGAAAGGACACCCAAAAUUAUAUCAG